AUGCUGCCCAUGCUUGGCCCUAAGCUCAACUAUGAUAUCAUCGGUGCCCUGGCCAUCAGCACAGUUGCGUUCCUUUCUGGUCCAGCCGUGAAGUAUGCAUGGCAGUCCCACAGGAGAAGGCUAGAAGGGUAUACAGAAGUCGAUGAAGACGGGAAUUUAUACAAAGAUGACGAUGGCAUCGCGACCGAGGACUCGAUUCGUGCUUAUUCGGACACACGACCACGCGUCGCGGUGUUGUUGGGCGUGAUCCUUGGUCUGGGCACGUCAGUUGCGGCCAACGUUGUCAGGCUGGUUGAGAAUGGCAGCUCUAACGUAGUCCCGGGAGUGACUGACUGGGCGGAGACUUUGUGUUGGGUCUUUCUCUGCCUACAAUAUGCCUGCCUGCCCAAAAAACAUCACCAUAACACCAAGUUCCGCAUCACACUAGUUGGAUCGGUAUCAGCAAUAUUGACGGCUGCCUGCGUGGCCCUUCGCCACGGUUAUGAAGCUCUUGAGCGACUUACCGACCCAGCAGCAGCUCCAAGGUCCCGCGUUCUCGCACUUCUCUAUCUUGGUCAAUUCCUUUUGGCUAUCGCUACCUUGACAGCCUUCUCUUCCUUUCAACUUCGUCCAGAUGUCUAUCAUAACAUGGGUUUGGUUGACCAGCAAUACACCCUCUCGCUGCUCUCACGGCUGUCGUUUACCUGGAACCGGGGUAUUUUUGGAAUUGCCGAGGAGCGUGACAUGACCAUAGAUGACAUCCCGAACUUGGACUAUAGUACUCGUUCAGAGAAUGUGAAAUCACGGUUUCUUGAGAACCGGACUGAAGAGCCCCUCUGGCGUCAGCUCAUCAGGAUGUAUGCAGCUGAGAUCGUCCUUCAAUGGGUUUUGACCUUAGUCAUUUCUUUCCUUUCCCUUCUCCCACAGCUUCUUCUCUAUGGUUUCCUUGCUGACCUUGAGCGAGGUCAUAAGGGCACAUCCAGUGACCCGUCUCUCUUCAUCAUGGUCUUCGGUCUUCUUUUCUGCCAGGUUUUGCAAGUCGGUUUCAACAACUGGCUGAAAUGGGUCACGGCCAGCCGUCUUGAAAUUCCUCUGGAAUCACUCUUGCAAAGUAUGGUCUUCUCUAAGGCCUUGAAUCAGUAUGAGACUGCUACUCCUGGUCUUAACCAUUCAAAUGACAAGUAUCAGCAAGAAACCAAGAAAGAAUCGGACUCCAAGCAGUCAAUCAUCAAUCACAUGAGGCUGGACAGUGAACGAGUUACCAUGUUCUGUUCAUACAACACCAACUUGCCCCUGGCCGUCUUCAAGUUCAUAUUCGCCGGAGGUUUUGCUGUGCAUCUCAUGGGCUGGCUACCCAUGUUAUGCGGUUUCAGUGCUGCUGUAAUCAUGGUUCCCAUCAGCACCAGUGUAUCAAGGAAACUAGCGCAGUUGAACCGUGAAUUGAUGACCUCCCGUGACGGCAAAGCUCAUCUCCUAACCGAGGCCCUGCAGGGCAUGCGGCAGAUCAGGUACGCUGCUCUGGAACAUACUUGGGAGAAAAAGAUCAUGGAGUCACGUUCUGAAGAGCUUCGGCAAUUCUGGAAAUCGGCUCUCUGGCAGUGUCUAACGACCCUUCUCAUGAAUCUCGGUCCAGUCUUCCUUGCCAGCGCAGCCUUUGGUAUGUAUGUCUGGCAAAAUGGUACGCACAUACGACCGUCGGUCAUUUUCACUUCUCUUGGUCUGUUUGACCAACUAGAAGAAGCCGUUUCGUUAUUACCUACCCUCCAGGUAUCCAUGUUAGAGGCAUGGACGAGCAUAGAGCGGCUGGAGAAAUACUUUCGCCAACCGGACAAGGACGUCAUCAUCGAGCCAGCAAACGUGAUCGAGCUCGAAAACGCGACCGUCUCGUGGCCGACGAUAAAGGACGAUAACGCACGAACGCCGUCGCGAGGCCAUCAUCCGGAAGCUCGUUCAGUCCUGAGAAAUGCCACGCUCCGCUUCCCUCUCGGGGGACUGAGCGUCAUCACUGGCAAGACUGGGUCCGGCAAGAGCCUGCUGCUGGCUGCCCUCUUGGGCGAAGUCAACUUGCUCGACGGGAUUAUCCGCAUGCCGGUCCCACAGCAGCAGACUGACGAUGCCAGCCGCGACGCCUGGAUUGUCCCUGGCCGGACCGCCUUCGUCUCGCAAAUACCCUGGAUCGAGUCUGGUUCGGUCCGCGACAACAUUCUCUUCGGCCUGCGCUUCGUCGAGGGCCGCUACCGCAAGGUCCUGGCUGCCUGCGACCUCGAAAAGGAUCUGGCUGUCCUCGCCCACGGCGACGAUGCCCAGGUCGGCCCGAAAGGUGUUACUCUUUCGGGCGGCCAGCGCUGGCGGAUUGCCCUGGCCCGCGCCCUCUACUCUGAGGCCAGUAUCCUCGUGCUGGAUGACGUUCUCAGCGCCGUGGAUGCCCAUGUAGGCCAGCUGAUUGUCGACCGGGCGCUGACGGGCGAGUUGGCGAGGGGCAGGACCAUCAUUUUGGCGACUCAUCACGCGGAGCUGGUCCUGCCUCACGCGAGGUACGUGGUCAGGUUGAAGGGUGGGGAAGUUGAGGCGGCUGAAGAGCUGUCUCCCCUCUCUGACGUCUCGGAGGUGGCUGGUACUGCGGGCCCGGCUUGUUUGGACCAGGACGGCCCGUCGGCUGCCCAGGCUGGGUAUGCGCUCUCGGGGCCCACUGACGGUCUGUCGUCCCGCCUGGACCAGCAGUUCCUUGUACAAAACCAAGCGCGCCCAGAGGAGGAGAAGAGGGAGACUGGCCGGGUCAAGUGGAAGGUGUACAUGGCCUAUUAUGGGGCCAGUGGUGGUAUCUUGCCUUGGCUGCUGGCGGUGUUUUUGGUCGUUUUUAGCCACGGCAUGACGGUAGCCCGAAACUGGAGUCUCAAGGAGCUUUCGCGGCACUCGACGGAGAAUAUCCCAUUUGCGUUGUUUACUACGCAAACGACUGCGUCUUUAGGGUUCUGGUAUCCGAAGCAGGUUGUCACUGACACCGAUGAUGAUGAUGGUAUCAAUGGGGUCGUUUUCUGGCUGCUCGUAUACAUCGGAAUCGAGCUCGGUAGCUCCGUGGUAGAGCUUCUAAGGGUGGUAGCCUUCUAUUACAUCGGGUUCGGUGCAUCGAAAGCGCUCUUCCAACGCAUGACCCAUGCCAUUCUUCGUGCUCCGUUGCACUGGAUCGACACCGUCCCAGCUGGCCGUGUCAUCAACCGCUUCACAUCGGAUAUUUUCACGCUGGACAAGCAGCUGGCGCCGUAUCUUUCCAAUGCCAUCAAGGCGUCGUUGUUUCUACUAGUUAUUAUUGCUGCCAGUGUUACCGUCUCCGUCUACAUAAUCAUCUUCGGGUCGAUUCUUCUCCUUCUCUACAUCCGCCUCGCGCACGAGUUCAUACUCGUUGCCCGCCAAGUCAAACGAAUUAACUCGGUCUCCCACUCUCCCAUCUACGACCAGUUCAGCUCUGUCCUCUCCGGCCUGUCUACGAUUCGCGCGUUCGGGCGUACCAACGACUACAUGAGCCGCAUGUACCAACUUAUCGACAACGGUGCCAAGGCCACCUGGGCACUGGAGCUCUCCAACCGCUGGAUGACCUUCCGUAUGGGUGUGGUCGGAGCCUUGUUCGUCUCUAUCGUCGCGACUGCCGUCUCCCUCAGGGAAGUCAAUGCUGCCAUGGCCGGCUUCAGCUUGGCAUUCGCCUUGCGCUACACCAACGCUCUGACGUCGCUCCUUCAGGCGAUGACCGCCGUCGAGCUGGGGUUCAAUGCGUGUGAGCGGGUGCUGGAGUAUGCUGAGAUCGAGGCGGAGCCCGAAGGCGGGGAGGAUCCUCCAGCUGCUUGGCCUGCUGAAGGGAGGAUUGAGGUAAAAGAAUUGACGGUGAGGUAUGCGAAGAAUUUGCCGCCCGUUUUGAAUGGGCUGAAUUUCACUGUCGGAGCGGGGGAGAGAGUUGGUAUUGUUGGGAGGACGGGAGCUGGAAAGUCGACUUUGGCAGCGGUCUUGUUUAGGCUGCUUGAGAAUGUUGAGGGGACUAUCCUGAUUGAUGGGAUUGAUGUCUCGAAGCUGAAGCUUUCGCAGCUUCGCAGCCGGCUGGCCAUCAUUCCUCAGGAUCCGUUCCUCUUUUCGGGAACUUUACGCUCGAAUCUCGACAUAGAAGACGUUCUCGAGGACCGUGAGCUUUUCGAAGCUUUGAAGCGCGUUCACCUCAUCGAGGAACAGUUUCUGAUGCCCUCUAUACCCAUGCUCAUAGUCACUCCUUCCGCAAGCAGUUCCCGUUCAGCAAGCACAUUGUCUACCCUUGGCUCCCGACAUCCUUCUUCGUCCUCAAUACGAAGCUCAAAUCCUGGUCCCAACGAACUCAGAUCAGAACCACGCCCAAAUCCAAUCCCACCUGUCCUACCCCGCAGCAACGUCCCUCUCCCCGUCGCCGAUCCAUCUAACCCGUUCUCAAACCUCUCCCUGCCUAUCAACGCUGGCGGCCUGAACCUUUCCCAAGGCCAGCGCCAGCUAGUAUGUCUUGCGCGUGCUAUGCUUCGCCGGCCAAAGAUUAUUGUGCUCGACGAAGCGACCAGCGCUGUGGACCGUGCCACGGAUACCAUCAUACAAGAGUCGCUGCGUGAGACGUUUGCUGCCACGGGAUGUACUGUGCUGGUUAUUGCGCAUCGGCUGUCGACAGUGGCGGAUUUCGAUAGGGUGAUGGUUUUGGAUGGGGGGCGCGUUAAAGAGAUAGGGGCGCCGAGGGAGUUGUUGAUCCGGGGAAUGAGGAAAGAUAAGGAGAAUGGGAGCAGAAGGCAGAAUAGAGAUAGUAAGAAGAAUGAGGGUGGGUUAGAAGACGGUGUUGCAGGGGCGUUUUGGGAGUUGGUGAAGAAGAGUGCUGAGAAAGAGAAGUUAAUAGAGAUGAUUUUGGGGGAGGAGAAGGAUGGGAUUAUGAGGAGGUUUUUGAGUGACAAUAAGGGGAAGCAACGUGAGGAGUGA